AUGGCCUCAGACCAUGUCUAUCACCAUGCCGCCCCGCCGCCCUCUCCCAGACUGCCGCCGCCGCCGCCCUCACCGCAUCCCUCGCACCUCCACGCGCCCCAGAUAUCUCCCAGGCGCUUCGCCGUCCAGCCGCCGCUGCUCAACACCACCUUGGCCCCGCCCCAGCCCGCCGCCCCCUCCUAUCUGCAUGCCUCGACGCCCGCCACGGCCUCGUCGCUGAGCCUGCCCUUCUCGCCCUCGCUCACGCCCUCGACGUAUGCGCCCUCUCCCGUUGCGCCCGCUUCACCCAUGGCCAUGAGGGGCGCCGCUCCCGCCGCCCCCUCCUAUCUGCAUGCCUCGACGCCCGCCACGGCCUCGUCGCUGAGCCUGCCCUUCUCGCCCUCGCUCACGCCCUCUCCGUAUGCGCCCUCUCCCGUUGCGCCCGCUUCACCCAUGGCCAUGAGGGGCGCCGCUCCCGCCGCCCCCUACAAUCCGCAGCAAUGGUCGCGGGGCACGCCCGUUGGUGGACACCAUGUCCAGCACAACCAGCUGUCGGUGCCCUCGAGGCUCCAUGAUGUGACGGGCAUGGAAGCUUCGAUGCCUUCCCCUCCACCCCCCUACUCGCCUGGCCAGAAUCCAAACAUUUCGCAGUCCAUUAGCACCAGCAACACUUCGUCGCCGCAGCUCUCUGCAAACACCUUCCCGCAUCCUCCCCCUCCUCCUCCUCCUCCGCCGCCACCAAGCAGCAAUCCGUCAUCUGCACGCCCCGUUUCAGGGUACCACAGCCGCCCUGGCUCCAUGGUCAUACCCUCGAGUGCGACGAGCAUAACAUCGAACCAACAGUUUCCGCCGCCUCCAGGAAGAAACGGCACAGGCCGGUCCGUGUCGCGCGACAAAUUGACCUCGAAAUUCAGUCUUUCGUCAUUUCGGAAUCGCAACAGUGACCACAGCCCUGCGCCGAGCAACAUUGACGCGCUUCACAUUAGUACUUCUGAUGCAAUCCAGAGAGCACCGGCUUCUCCCGGGCUGGUUGCCCAGCGAGCUGCUUCGAGCUACAUGACAAACGCAUUUGUGGAGCGACGGUACAGUCCCGACACGCAUUCCCCCGUCAGACCGCCUACCUCUCGAAGGGCGGCUUCUGCUGGCGUACCAGGCUACGAAACUCGCACACCAAUUGACGAAUCCCCCAUCGUCCCGUCAGGAAGCUGGAACCGUAAUGUGCCCUUACCCCCGCCCCCGCCUGGCCCCCCUCCUAGCAGUUCGAGAUCGCAGAGCAUGGGACCUGGGGCAGAGGCGAGCUCCAGCCGAGUGCCCAUUCUGCCUUCAGCACCCCCAACAAGAAGACCCGGCCAAACGACACUGACGCCGAUUCCACCAACACCCAUGGGUUGGCAGGAUGAGUCUGCAAAUGUGCGCCCAAGGUCUCCAACAGCUCAUGGUCUAUACAUUGACACGAGUCACCCUUCCGUCCGCUCUUCCGAACAACCCCCACCAUCAGAGAGCGAAAACAUCUCAAUCUCUUCUGGUCCAACAUCAGGCUCGGGCAGUACCCUGUACAGCACUCCAAAAAGACACGACGCUAGUACACGAGGGAUCCGCGAGCGAAGGAGUGAGAGCCGAGCGGCUCGCGAACAGCGAGCAGAACCAAACAACAAUCCAUGGGCGCAAGACUUGGGUGCUGAAGCUGCAAAGCCCGCCAAUCUUGACUUGGGAACGCCCGAAGGUGGCUUGACCCGUCGUGGUGCAGUAACCAGAAGCACUCCUAGGAGCGCUGGAGCCCUCAAGUCACCAAGAAGUGGCAGUCUUUUUGAAGAUUCUGGUUCAACAAACUCUACGCCUCGAGUCGAUGCGCCGUCAAAAGCCCUGCCUGCGAGUGCCCCAACACCACCGUUUUCGCCAGGUAUGGAACAUCUCAGUCGUUCAGCCCAGAAAGCUCCAGCCCCGUUCCCUUCAAAGGCACUGCCUACCCCACCACUCCAUCCCUAUGGCGACGAGAGAGAUGCAGGCCUGACCCAUCAAUCAGAAGCUGCCAGUGAAUCGGUCAUGAAUACUCCAAGCGGCUCGCGUGUCGGGGGCCAUGAUUCCGCAGUGACUACGCCAAGACCAGCAGGUACUCAUUCUUUCGCUCGUGCUGCCAUGGAGCGCCAUCGACAAUUUAUUGAAAAGGAAAUGGCCGCCGAGACAGACCAGGACAGACUCGAGUUGUUUGCAGAGUUUAUUGUGACUGAAUCUCGACUCCGCCGGGAUCGCUACUCUGGAGCCUUCGAUGCCAUGGCCGGCGACAUUAUGGAUUUGACGAGGGAUAUGUGGCGCUCCUAUGGCAAUUCGGGGCGCAGAUCGGUUACGCCAAACACGCAAAAUACACCUGCUGGACAUGCUAGCAAAAGGUCUCAAGGCUCCGUCGCAGGCGAAUCUCCUGAUACACGCUUCUCCAACUCGAUGCCAACAACUGCUGCCAGCCCCGCAUCAUCUACUGGCAACUUCACCCCGCACACAGAACCUGCAUCUCCCUCUAGUGCCUCUAGCCAGAAAGCUCGGGAUGUAUCUUGGGCCAACAACUACCAUCCUUCGCUCUCGCCUAUCCCCAGCAUGGCGAUGAGUACCAUUCCCGAUGAGCAGGAUUCUAGAGGCCGGUCUGCCAGUCGCUGGUGGGAGAGCGAUGGUGGGUCGUCAGGAGUGGGUGGUGGUAGAAGGCUCGAGCGGAGCAAGAGGGAGUCCAAGUACAUGAGCCUGCCCAAAGAAGCUCGUGAAAACCUGCAGUGGGCAGGCGAGAACAUGAACAUGCCAAGCCAGCGAGGCGAAUCCAGUAGUCGACCAGCGUACGGACCCAACGAAUACCCUCCAGAGAAGGUUGGCCUACACGAAGACAGCCAGCAGCCGCUGCAACAGCCCGGUUAUGGUUACUACCCCAGGUCUGCCACAGCAACACCUGACCCGGACAAACUAGAUGUCUCGAGACUUGUCACACUCCCGCCACCCUACCCGCGACAUCAUCCCGCAGUUAACAAUAGCCACCCCGACCUGGCCAGUAUCCGAAGCAGCUUGCGAACCCUGUCGGAGCUUGAUGAAGUUAAGGGUACAAAGGCAAAGUUCAAUACGAAGAUUGAGGCACGAAAGGAGCAGGAGAAUGUGUCUUUGUCUGAUCGACGCGCGCAACUCAGAUACAACAUACAGGAUAAUGUCCGCAACGGCGUCAUGACGUUUGCGGAUGCAGCCAAGGUCGAGGCAGAUUUUGAAGGCCGCGAGCAUCAAAGGGCGCAAGAUGUAGUCCAAUGGAUAUUCGACACGUUCCAGGCCGAAGUGGCGAAUCCACUCCAUGCUAUGUUUUGUGAGCGCAUUACAAAGGCUACAGCAUCCAUGGAGCACCUCAAAGGACGUUUGACUAGCGAGGCACAGGAACCAAAUCCUAACCAGACGCAAGAAGAGGGCGACGAGAAACCCGAGCUUCUUGAAAUGCUUACUUUGCUGAAGUGGCUUUUCGAGGCGCGGGAACAAUUACACAAGGAGAUGUUUGAGCUCGAGGACGAGCGCAACGACCUCUACCGAGACAUUAUUGUCUUGCCCUAUGUUCAGACCAAUAAUGAACAAAAGGUGAAGGAAGCGACAACCUUCUUCCAGCGGGAUGGACAGGAUCGCAAAGUUACGUUUGAGAAGGAGACGCUCAAGCGAUACGAAGACUUUAUGAACAUCAUCGAGCAAAACGUUACCCGAGGAGUCGAGGCUCAGCUGUCUGCAUUCUGGGACAUCGCGCCCGGACUACUUGAAAUUGUUCAGCAGGUGCCUCGAGUCCUUCACGGCUUCGGGGUCCUGGUGCCACCACAAGAGUACGAGGAGACACCAGCAUACCACGACUACCCACUGCAGUAUCUAUACACUCUCUUGGCGCACGCUGGUCGUUCUGCGUAUCAGUUUAUCGAGUCGCAGAUCAACUUGUUGUGUCUGUUGCACGAAGUCAAGACGGGAGUCAUGACGGCUGGAUCACGGCUCCUUGAGACGCAGAGACUGCUCGAGGGCGAAGAUUUAGCCGGAGUGAAUCAAGAAAUGAAAGCCAUUCGGGCUGAUGAGGAAAGACGAUUGACCGACGAUCUCAAGGAGAAGGUCGGACUGGUGGAGAGCCAGUGGAAUGAGGCGCUGGGACAGGGCUUGGAAGACUGCAAACGACGCGUGGAAGACCACCUCACUGAGCAAGGGGGUUGGGAUGACAGUUUACGGGAGUGA